ACAGGCUCUGUGAAUGGAAGUCAGGGAUGCUUCAAAGACCUGAGAUAGUCACUGUCUUCUUGUCUUGUCUCUUCCCAUCUAUCAGUCAGCCAUGGUUUGUGGGUGGGCACACCUCCACUUAUGAUAAAGGUAUCCGGAUGGUGAGUUCUGGGGGGAAUCUAUUGGCUAGAUGACUAUGUAGAAGCCUCAUACCCUUCCCCAUCUACCAGAAUUCUUGACCAUCAACAAGGUCAAGUGGCCCGACCUGUGCAGGUGAAUCCAUGCAGUCACCCCAAUAUAUAAGUACCUGGAACAAUCCUGAUCAGAGUCAUUCAUAACAAAUUCUCCCUGCAUCUCUAAAAUCAAGGUCUUGGAGCUAUAAUGUGAAGCCAGGGUAAGCCUGUAGGUAUUGACUAUCAUCCCCCAUUCCUACCCUUUGGCUCAUUCAGUCAGCAUGUUCUGAUUACCCGCUGUGCUCACAUGAUCUAGGACCAGCGAACUCCCCCAGAGCCAUGCUAGUGUAAGCUCUAGUUAUCUCUAUAGCUUGGUCUUGUCUCUCCCAGGAGCCUGAGCCAGUAGAGGAUUGUGUGCAAAGCACACUGGCUGCCUUGUACCCACCCUUUGAAGCCACAGCCCCGACCCUGUUGGGCCAAGUGUUCCAGGUGGUGGAGAGGACUUACCAGGAGGAUGCGCUGAGGAACCCUUAGGUCUCAUUUGCUGACCUCCCACUGAUUGUGACCACUCAAACACUAACACAUAUGCAGGAUACUCCCUCAGACUCAGACGUGACUCAGAAAAGUCUUCACUUCUGCAGACAGAAACACCAACAGUCUUUGAUUCCUCCAAGACAGUGGCAUCUGGCCCAGUAUAGUGGAUUCCUCUUCUUCCACGAGGGCUGGCCACUCUGCUUGCAUGAGCAGAUAGUGGUACAGCUAGCAGCCCUUCCCUGGCAACUGCUGCGCCCUGGCGACUUCUACCUGCAGGUAGUGCCCUCAGCAGCCCAAGCUCCCCGUUUGGCACUGAAAUGUCUGGCCCCAGGAGGUGGACGGGUGCAGGAGCUGCCAGUGCCCAAUGAAGCCUGUGCCUACCUAUUCACCCCCGAGUGGCUGCAAGGCAUAAACAAGGACCGGCCAACGGGGCGCCUCAGCACGUGCCUCCUGUCUGCACCCUCUGGAAUUCAGAGGCUGCCCUGGGCUGAGCUCAUCUGCCCAAGAUUUGUGCACAAAGAGGGCCUCAUGGUCGGACAUCAGCCAAGUACACUGACCGCGGAACUGCCCUCUGGACCUCCGGGGCUUCCUAGCUCUCCACUCCCUGAGGAGGUGCUGGGUACCCGGAGUCCCGGGGAUGGACACAAUGCUCCUGCAGAAGGUCCAGAGGGUGAAUAUGUAGAACUGUUGGAGGUAACAUUGCCUCAUAUGAGGGGAAGCCCCGUAGAUGCUGAGGCCUCAGGCCUCUCCAGGACUCGCACAGUGCCCACCCGUAAAAGUACUGGAGGGAAGGGCCGGCACCGCAGACACAGGGCAUGGAUGCACCAAAAAGGCCUAGGGUCUCGGGACCAGGAUGGGACACGCCCACCUGGGGAGGGGAGCAGCACUGGGACCUCUUCUGACUCACCCCCAGGAGCUGAGGCAGACCCAGAUGCAACAACCCUGGAGGCAUCUGAGCCCCCAGCAGAGACUCUGGGGGAGGCCUCUGAAUCCUGCCUCCUGGCAGGGGAGGCUGGGGGACCACCUGGUACCCCUCGAAAAACAGGCAAAGGAAACAGAAGAAAGAAGCGGGCUGCGGGCAGAGCUGCCAUGAAAGGGGACAGUAACCCACUCAGCGCCAGGGACAAGGAAGAGACUAGGCAGCAGGAAACCCUUGCCGGCCUGGCCUCACCCAGUGAACAGGAACCUGCAGAAUGCAGCCUGCUUAAGGAGAAAGAGGAUUCUGGGAAGCCAGAGUCUGAACCAAAAGAGGAACUCAAGCCAGCAGAUAGAAAAGAGCCUGCACCCCCAGAAGACGGCGGGCCUCCAGAAGAGGGGGUCAGAGAGAGUGAACAAGAGGAGCUGAUUCCGGUGUGUACAGCAGGAUCCACAGGUCCAGGGUUCAUCCUAGCUGACCCUCCAAAACAGCCUCUGGAGACUUUGCAGGAUGUAAAGGACAGCACCCCAGAAGAAGCACCCCCAGCUCCCGUCUUGGGUGACCCACCUGUAGCUUGGGACUUGAUGGCAUCUGGAUUCUUUGUUCUGACUGGAGGGGUCGAUCAGACUGGGAGAGCUUUGCUGACGAUCACGCCUCCAUGCCUGCCUGAGGAGCCCUCACCGUCCCAAGAGAUAUUGAGCAAUGCCCUUUGUUACCUGCACUCGCUGCUGAGGCCUGAUCUCCAGUUAUUGGGGCUAACCACCCUACUUGACCUCCGCAAAGCACCCCCACUGCCUCCAGCACUUAUUCCUGCCUUGAGUCAGCUUCAGGACUCAGGCAACCCUCCGCUCAUUCAGCGGCUGGUGAUUCUCAUUCAUGACGACCCUCCUCCUGAACUCUGUGAAUUUCAGGGAGCUGAGUCAUUGUCAGAAAAGGACCUGAAAAGAGUGGCCAAGCCAGAGGAGCUCCCAUGGGACUUAGGAGGUCACAUGGACCUCUCCCCCAACCACUGGGUAGAGAUACAUCAGGAGGUGGCGAGGCUGUGCAGCUUGUGCCAGGGCGUGUUGGCCUCUGUGCGGCAGGCCAUCGAGGAGCUAGAGGGAGCAGCAGAAGCAAAGGAAGAGGAAGAGGAGGCGGUGGGAACGCCUGAGCCGCUGCGAAAGGUGCUGGCAGAUCCUCGGCUGGCGGCACUACAGCGGACUGGAGGAGCCGUCCUGAUGCGACUACGCUCCACUCACAGCAGCAAGCUAGAGGGUCCAGGCCCAGCUGUGUUAUACCAGGAGGUAGAUGAGGCCAUCCACCAACUUGUGCGUCUCUCCAACCUACGUGUGCAGAAGCAGGAACAACGCCAACGCUUGCGCCAGCUCCAUCAGUGCUUAGCUUUGAGACCGAGCUCUGCAAGGUAUAGAUGUUGCUGCCGAGUUGCCCCUUCCUGUGCAGACAGCGCACAGGUGUUGCAGUGGAUUUCCGGCCCAGGAGAAGAGCAGCUGGCCAGCUUUGCCAUGCCAGGAAACUCACUCUCGGUCUUGCAAGAGACAGAACUGCGGUUCCGGACUUUCAGCACUGAGGUGCAGGAGCGCCUCGCCCAGGCCCGGGAAGCUUUGGCUCUGGAGGAAGACAUCGCCUCCCAGAAAGUUCUGGAUGUCUUCGAACAACGGCUGGAGCAGGUUGAGAGUAGCCUCCAUCGGGCGCUACGGCUGCAGCGCUUCUUCCAACAGGCACAUGAAUGGGUAGAUGAGGGUUCUGCUCGGCUGGCGGGAGCUGGACCUGGGCGUGACGCUGUGCUGGCAGCCCUAGCCCUGCGGCGGGCCCCGGAGCCCAGUGCGGGCACCUUCCAGGAGAUGCGAGCCCUGGCUCUGGACCUGGGCAGCCCAGCAGUCCUUCGAGAAUGGGGCCGAUGCCGGGCACGCUGCCAAGAGCUGGAAAGAAGGAUUCAGCAGCAGCUGGGAGAAGAGGCCAGUCCUCGAGGCCACAGACGACGACGGGCAGACAGCGCCAGCAGCACAGGGGCCCAGCAUGGAGCCCACAGCCCUUCACCCAGCCUCAGCUCCCUGCUUCUUCCCAGCAGCCCAGGACCACGGGCAGCCCCAUCACAUUGCUCUCUGACCCCGUGUGGGGAGGACCAUGAGGAGGAAGGCCUUGAGCUAGCUCCAGAAGUAGACGGAAGACCCCCGAGGGCUGUGCUGAUCCGAGGCCUGGAAGUUACUAGUACUGAAGUGGUGGACAGGACGUGUUCACCCCGAGAACACGUGCUGUUGGGUCGGACUGGAGGACCAGAUGGGCCCUGGGGAGUAGGCACCCCUCGAAUGGAGCGCAAACGCAGCAUCAGCGCCCAGCAGCGUCUAGUGUCGGAAAUGAUUGCCUGUGAGCAAGAGUACAUCACCGCUCUGAAUGAGCCGGUGCCACCGCCUGGGCCCGAGCUGACUCCCGAGCUUCGCUGCACCUGGGCCGCAGCCCUGAGUGCCCGAGAGAGACUUCGCAGCUUCCACGGGUCGCACUUCCUACAGGAGCUUCAGGGCUGCAGCUCCCAUCCCCUGCGCAUUGGGGCCUGCUUCCUUCGCCACGGGGACCAGUUCAACCUCUAUGCACAGUUCGUGAAGCACAGACAUAAACUGGAGAGUGGUCUGACUGCACUCACCCCCUCGGCCAAGGGUUCUAUAGAGAGCAGCCCUUGCUUGCCCCGGGCCCUGCAGCAGCCUCUGGAGCAGCUGGCUCGGUACGGACAGCUCCUGGAGGAGCUCCUUAGGGAAGCUGGGCCUGAGCUAAGCUCCGAGCGCCAGGCCCUCAGGACUGCUGUACAGUUGCUCCAGGAACAAGAGGCCCGAGGCAGAGAUCUGCUUGCCGUGGAAGCUGUGCGGGGCUGUGAGCUAGAUCUGAAGGAACAGGGGCAGCUCCUGCAUCGGGACCCAUUCACUGUCUUCUGUGGCCGGAAAAAGUGCCUCCGCCACGUCUUUCUCUUCGAGGACCUGCUCUUGUUCAGCAAGUUCAAGGGCUCUGAGGGGGGACCUGAGACCUUCACUUACAAGCAGGCGUUCAAGACGGCUGACAUGGGGCUGACGGAGAACAUCGGGGAGAGUGGGCUCUGUUUUGAGCUGUGGUUCCGGCGACGACGCACACGAGAAGCAUACACUUUGCAGGCUGCCUCUCCAGAGACCAAACUCAAGUGGACAAGUUCUAUUGCCCAGCUGCUGUGGAGACAGGCAGCCCACAACAAGGAGCUCCGAGUGCAGCAGAUGGUUUCCAUGGGCAUUGGGAAUAAGCCUUUCCUGGACAUUAAGGCCCUCGGAGAACGGACACUGAGUGCCCUGCUCACUGGAAGAGCCGCCCGCACCCGGGCCUCCGUAGCGGUAUCAUCCUUUGAGCAUGCUGGCCCGUCCCUUCCCGGCCUCUCGCCGGGAGCCUGCUCCCUGCCUGCCCGCGUCGAGGAGGAGGCCUGGGAUCUGGACGUCAAGCAGAUUUCCCUGGCCUCAGAAACACUUGACUCUUCUGGAGAUGGGUCCCCAGGACCAAGAACCGGCCCCAACCUGCAGCCUCCGCACCCUGGGAGCAGCACUCCCUCUCUGGCCAGUGGAGGGAUCUUAGGGCUCUCCCGGCAGGCCUGGCUGAGAAGCAUCAAGGUCAGAGAGUCAUUCGCGAGCCCUGAGUGACCCCACCACGCCUCUGUGAGCGAGAAGAUCCUGAACUUGGCUGCACCCCUUGUCAGCACAUUUUAGGCUGGGAUGCCAAUGGGACAAAAUGGAGAACUCAUUUCCCUCCCUCUGCUUCCUGGACAGAGAUGGGGGCAAGGACCAGAGCUUUCCCUGUUGCUGCUCUCUCUCUAGCCCUCCCCUGCUUGGAGCCAGAGUGGCCCUGUUUGCUUGCUUUCUGCCCCCCCACCCCCCGGGGGCAGGGAAACAUCGAUCUCGCACUUUCCCCACCCGUGCUAGGCACACCGCAGGACAGGCUCUGCUGACAGCCCACCUCUCUUCCCAUCCCUGACUCUCCCAGGAGAUUCAUCUCUGCCAGGUCGAAUGGAACCCCAUUCUGGGGUAUUGUGGGAAGUGUUAUAAGCCAUUGAAGGAGAUGGGGUGGGCACUGCAGACUUUAUAUAUGUAAUUACUGUUAUUAUACUAUUGAUAUAUUAAAUGUAUUUGCUCUCA